UGUCCUCCACUGACUGCUCGUCUUUUCCCGCCCUUCCCUGGCCUUCGGAGAAGGGUCAGAGUUCACGCCUCUCUCUGGGGAUACCUGCUUGAUGCCAGGCGUAGGGGAAGCUAGUAGGUCGCGAACGUCCUUGCGGUCCUGAAUCUUGAGGGUCAAAAGACAUACCCUGGAACUGUUAUGUAGGCAGAGAGCCAGGAGGCUAGAAGAAGUUGUGUGUACGGGGUCAGGGGUGAGAGGUCAGAGGGCUGUGAAGGGGGCGGAGCGAGCCAGAGGCGGAUGGCGGCUACAGCGGCUCUUCAUCUUCAGCGGCAGAGGCGCUGAGACGGGGACGCUGGUCUGUUGUCUGGCGGAGGAGGGAGAGCGGCGGCCGCUCCCAACAUGCACAGCCUAGCAACGGCUGCGCCUGUGCCCACUGCACUGGCUCAGGUGGAUAGAGAAAAGAUCUAUCAGUGGAUCAACGAGCUGUCCAGUCCUGAGACAAGGGAAAAUGCUUUGCUGGAGCUAAGUAAGAAGAGAGAAUCUGUUCCUGACCUUGCACCCAUGCUGUGGCAUUCAUUUGGUACUAUUGCAGCACUUUUACAGGAAAUUGUAAAUAUUUAUCCAUCCAUCAACCCACCCACCUUGACAGCACACCAAUCUAACAGAGUUUGCAAUGCUCUGGCAUUAUUGCAAUGUGUGGCAUCACAUCCAGAAACCAGGUCAGCAUUUCUUGCAGCACACAUCCCACUUUUUUUGUACCCCUUUUUGCACACUGUCAGCAAAACGCGUCCCUUUGAGUAUCUUCGGCUCACCAGCCUUGGGGUUAUUGGAGCCCUGGUUAAAACAGAUGAGCAAGAAGUAAUCAACUUUUUAUUGACCACAGAAAUUAUUCCUUUAUGUUUGCGCAUUAUGGAAUCUGGAAGUGAACUUUCUAAAACGGUUGCAACAUUCAUCCUCCAGAAGAUCCUCUUAGAUGACACCGGUUUGGCUUAUAUAUGUCAGACAUAUGAGCGUUUCUCCCAUGUUGCUAUGAUCUUGGGUAAGAUGGUCCUGCAGCUAUCCAAAGAGCCUUCUGCCCGUCUGCUGAAGCAUGUAGUGAGAUGCUACCUUCGACUCUCAGAUAAUCCCAGGGCACGUGAAGCACUCAGGCAGUGCCUCCCUGACCAGCUGAAGGACACAACCUUUGCCCAGGUGCUAAAAGAUGACACCACCACAAAGCGCUGGCUUGCACAACUGGUGAAGAACCUGCAAGAGGGUCAGGUCACUGAUCCCCGGGGUAUCCCUCUGCCCCCUCAGUGAUCCUCCCCUACCCCUCCCACCACUCCCCUAUGUUGGGGAAGAGAGGGGGUAACCUAUGAAGAUAACAGCUCAGGUUUUAUCAUCGAUGGAAUAGACAACCUCAAUGAACUGCACUGGAGAAAGGGGGCAAGAUACCCCUGCUGUGAGGUGUAUGAGCUGCCAUCUUAGGCUGCCUUGAGGACCUGGGCUUCCUCUGCUCCUCCCAGGAAAUGGGCUCCUGUCAUAGUAGUCUGCCACCACAGCCCCAGGAGGGUGUCAACACCAGCAAAUGCUGUAUUUACAGUGUGCCCAAGAUGACCCUUCUUCCCCAUCUCUACCUAGCCACUGGCAGAAAGGGGAGACCGUGGUGAUAGCAGCAGCAUUCUAGGCAUGAUGAACGCCUGGGACCAAGCCUUGUGGCAUUUUUUAUUUUGCCUUCCUGGAAGACUCAAAAUGUGUCUCUUCAUUCUCUCUCUCAAUAUUUGUUUACUUUGCUGUUUGGUUUUUACUCUCAGAGAGAGGUGUGUUUAGUGGGCACAAGCUGUAAUAUUCAGCAAAACGUUGUCAAUUGGCACUGUUUACAAGUCUUUUAGCUGCAUAAGCUCAAUAAAAGUUGGUCUGGGCAUUAUAGUCCCUCUGGCAGGCCAAUAGCUGUAUUGAGCUGUUGGGAGGAAUGGGAGACGGGAAAGAUGUAAAGCCAAAGGACAACCACCGCCUGUUUCCCUUCUCUUUUCCCAUUCUACUCCCAGUCCUAAAUGCCACAAAGACCUUAACCUUGUUUCUGGCUUUAGCUGCUAGCUUUUUCGAAUCUCAGUACUUUUUCUUUUUUAAUUCCCUUCUAUUAAACUUAAAAUAGAUGUCUUAAUUCAUCAAGCUAUCCUUGGUGAGGGUAUUGAGGGUUGAGGGGCAAUAGUGGACUUCACUUUCAGUUUGAAUCUUCAAAGAAACCUUCUGGAUGACUUUUCAAGGGGGUGCCUGGGAUUAAAGUAAUAGGCUACUUGAUCCUAUUCUUUUUUUAGUGUGCAGUUCAGCAGCUCCAUCUGUCUUCAUGAUUGUACUUGAAGCAGUAUUGGCUGAAUGAGUCAACUUUAUUCAGAUGUAAGAUGGAGGAUGGACUGUGCUCACUCAGAGCUUUUUUUUUUACAUUUUCUUUUGGUCUAUAAGAAUUAUUUCAGGGUUGUCAGUAAAAUAUUUUUCACUUGUUCACAUUGUGUCAGAGAAUUCUCCUUCUCUGGAGCUUUAGAUGGCUCUGUUCACAAUCCACAGGCUUGAAUCUGUAACCUAGUAUAGACUACCUUGCUUUCCCCCAAUCCUUCCCCUUGCUAGCACCUGUUCCUUCUCUCUCAUCCCCAUCUCCAAAGAGGGGACUAUAAUCCAACUCUAGAGAGGAACUGAGUCUUUUCUGUCUACACCUCACAUGAUUGAGAUGUAUCUGAACAAUUUUGGGAGGGUCUAGAAGUGAUAGGCUCAGAGAAACCUUUGCAAAGGCAGUUUUGCCAACACAAGGGCUCUUUCAAGGCGACUUUCACAAAGAGAGCCGGCCUUGUUAGUUGGCUUCUGUCUCUUUAGAGCCAUGAAAGUAGUAAUUAAGUAGCUUAGAUGUAGAAAAGAUAGAAUAAGCACUUAUUCCCCUGCCUUCCAAGAUAAAAGGAACCAGGCCAGAUUCUCAGUAAUCUCAAGCCUGAAGAGGAGAGAGGUCUUUGAGAAAGCAGAGAAUAGCAUGGACUGGAUGGAUGUCUUGACUCCCUUCAGCGCAUAGUUUUUUAUCUGGAGAGUCCAGCUAGGGUAACCCUAAUUUUUGAUAACCACCUUCCUGCUGAGCCAAAGUUUUCUCAUUCCCCCUCCAUUGGGGAAGCAGCCGAGGCUCAAGACUUUGUUCCCUGGGAAAUUCUUUUCUUUACAUCUUUCAGUGCAUUGGCCAUGUUACUGGGCCAAUAGUGUCUUAAUUCUCCCAUCUAUUCUCAGCUGGCCUCGGAACCCACAUAAGAGCUGGUGGGGAGGGAUGGAAUGGGUAUCAUUCCUUGUGGUUGGUCCUGAUGUGUAUAUUACAUAGAGACCUCUCCCCUUAUUUUGUGUUUUCCAUUCUUCUCCCUCAAUAGGAUUGAAAUAAAAUAUACUUCUGUUUUUGUAAAAAUAA